AUGGCAUCUGAUGAAGUAUAUGCGCAGAUCUCCCCCCCCGUGAAGCCCUCUGCCAUUGCGCUGGGUACUUUCUUCACCCACACGGCAUCACUCGGGAUCUUGGCUCCGCUCUUUGGCGAUACCUAUCACCGAGCCCAGGCGGCCAACUCGAAGGAAGAAUUCAUCAAGUCGAAGGAGGCCGCCGGAGCUGCCGCCGCAUGGGGAAGCUCACUUGCUGGGAGCGCCGUGCAGACAUAUGGUGUCGCCGCACUGAUUAAUGCCACCGGAACCCUCAGCUAUAAAGGAGCUGCUUACCUCGGAACGCUGAUCUUCUUCGCAAGUUCGGCUCCAGGCUUCGUCAGCCAGAUCUUUGCAGAGAAGCGACCGCUGGAUACAGUGGCCGUUGGUGCUGUCUCUCGAAUCUUCGAGACAGUCGGGCUCAGUUUGUUCUUGACUUGGUGGGGAACUCGUACUCACCCAUUCAACUAG